AUGUCUAUGAUAUUCCGGCGGUUUAGCAGUACGACUGCCUCGGCCAACAAAAAUGUUUUUUUCACAGUCAGUGUUGGAUCCAAAGAUGCUGGCCGGAUUGUUAUGAAGCUCUAUGACGAGACUACUCCGAAAACUGCUCGCAACUUCCGUGAACUCGCAACCGGUCAACAUGGAUAUGGUUAUCAAGGAUCGACGUUUCACCGCGUGAUUCCCGGUUUUAUGAUCCAAGGCGGUGAUUUCACCGCACACAACGGUACUGGGGGGAAAUCGAUCUAUGGCCCACGAUUUGCAGACGAGAACUUCCUGCUCAGGCAUACCAAGCCGGGUCUUUUGUCCAUGGCGAAUGCUGGACCGAAUACCAAUGGCUCUCAGGCAAGCUCUUCCAUCAUCUGCCAUUCCUUUGAUUUAACAUAUCUUUGA